AUGCUUGCAAGGUUACACUUCCUUUUUCAUGGCGCAUGCGCACAACUGUCCUCUAGCCGGCAUAAACGAACGGUGUUGAAAAGAGCUAAACCGCAAGAGAACAAGAUGUUUUCCUGCUCAAGAAUCGCCGCACCUAGUGUCAGAUGCGUGGUUGUAAACAGCAGCCGCGCAUGGGCUAGACCAAUGAGCAGUGUAGUAACACAGAAACAAGAGGUUUCACAACAGCGACCAGCUGGUAACUUAGCUGCAUGGAAUGGGCUCAAUGGAGUAAACUGGACCUCCUCCACCCCUAGUGUAUUAAAUCAGAUUCGAUCACUCCAAACAAGUGCUUCAAGGAAAGAUAUUGACACAGCUGCCAAAUAUAUUGGAGCUGGAGCAGCUACCGCUGGAUGUGCAGGAUCAGGAGCUGGUAUUGGAACAGUGUUCGGAAGUUUAAUCAUUGGCUUUGCAAGGAACCCCUCACUGAAGGGAGAUCUUUUCACAUAUGCCCUGUUGGGAUUCGCUCUGUCCGAAGCUAUGGGUCUCUUCUGCUUGAUGAUGGGUUUCCUACUUCUGUUUGCAUUUUAAGUUGUGGAGAAAAAUGACAGAGUGUUUGUUUGUAGACUGAUGUAAAUGUAAUACCAGAUCAACAAGUGUGAUUGUGAGUCAUCUUCAGGGCCUGUAUGUUAAAGCUCACAUCAAAUGAAGACCAAACCACUUAGUGGUACCAUGAAGUUCUUUUAUAAUAAAUUAAUUUUAAAAAAUGAAGAAAAGUUAGCAAAUAACAAAGAACUGUAAAUGACUUUCUGGAUGAGCUGUUGUGUCCUUGGUUGAAGUUGUACAGAAGAUAAUAUCGAUUGAAGACUGUGUGAUUAUAUACAGUUUAAAUAAAUAUUAUCAGGUAUAGGCAGGUCUGCA